ACGUAAUCGUUCACAUCUCUCUCUUCCCACCUUCAAGCUUUACUCUCUAUCAGAAAGUAGAAUCGCCGGUCACCGGUCGCCGGAAUGUCUAACCUGAAUCAACCUCAAUCAGAAACAAAGGUCCGUCCAGUCGGCGGCACAGAGAACAGCUGGUGCAGAGCAGUUCCCGGCGGCACAGGUAUCACCGUCCUCGGCAUCCUCCUUUCCAAACCACCAAACAUUUCAAAUCUCCAAAAUGCUCUUCACAAACUCCAAAUUUCGCAUCCAAUUCUUCGCGCCAAACUUCACUUCAACACAUCCACAACCACAUUCUCCUACAUCAUUCCUCCAAAUCCUCAUAUUCAAAUCCAACCUUUCGAUUUCCAAUCGACUGCUGAAAUCCUCCGAACGGUUUCUGAAACCGAUCCAUCGCGUUCCUUAUCUUCCUUGCAUCUGAUCCUCGAACACGAGAUGACUCGAAACGAUUGGUCGAUGACGGUUCCGGAAUCGGAUUCCGGUACUGAUGUGUUCUUCGCUAGCUCGUACGCUCUUGAUGAUGGUGCGAUUGUAAUGGUUAUGAGAUUGCAUACUUCUGCAUGUGAUAGAGCGGCGGCGGUGGCGUUGUUGAGGGAAUUGUUGAGUUUGAUGGUGGGGGAGAAGAGAGAAAAGGUGGAAUUGGAUUCAGAUGGUGAGAUAGGUUUGGGAAUUGAAGAGUAUAUUCCGAAUGGGAAAGCGAAUAAACCUAUUUGGUCUAGGGGAGUGAAUAUGCUUGGAUAUUCGCUUAAUUCGUUUAGGUUAGCAAAUAUGGAUUUUGAAGAUAUCGAUUCGCCUAGAAUUUCGCGAAUUGUGCGGUUGAAAUUGGAUCAGGAUCAUACCAGUCGAAUUCUUGAAGGUUGUAAAUCAAGAGGCAUUGAAUUGUGUGGAGUUUUAUCUGCUGCAGCUUUGAUCGCAGCCCGUUCUUUCAAAGCUCUUCCUAAUGGCCAGUGGGAGAAGUAUAUGGUUGUCACUCUAAUCGAUUGCAGAUCAAUUCUUCAGCCUGUUCUCAGUAACAAUCAUCUAGGAUUUUACCAUUCUGCCAUCCUCAAUUCCCAUGACCUCUCUGGAGGAGAAGGACUAUGGGAACUAGCAAAGAGAACCUACAAUUCCUUUGCAAACUCGAAAAAGAACGAAAAGCAUUUCUCCGACAUGGCUGAUGUGAACUUUCUAAUGUGCAAGGCCAUCGAAAACCCUGGCCUAACUCCCUCAUCCUCUCUUAGGACCUCUAUAGUCUCGGUUUUUGAGGAACCAGUUUUUGAUAACUUUGACGAUGAAAAGCAGGAGGGGAUCGCUCUCAAGGACUAUAUGGGUUGCGCUUCUGUUCAUGGAGUGGGGCCCUCAAUUGCGAUAUUCGACACUAUAAGAAACGGAUGUUUGGAUUGUACUUGUGUUUACCCUUCACCGUUGCACUCGCGAGAGCAAAUGGAGAAGUUGGUUGGCGAAAUGAAGAAGAUUCUUGUGGAGAGUCUAGAAAUCUGAAAACAAAACUUGUUACUUUUGGGGAAAUCAGUAGUAAUUGUAAUUGUUUAUGUUAUGGAUUUGUUAGUAAUGUUUUAUGUAAUGAAUAUGGUUGGGACUUGGAUGCAGAUAUAAGUUCAAUUUAAGCAUUUAGAUAA